AUGGCUCCGAAGGGAUCGAAACAGCGGGGAGGAGGGGCGCCAAAGGGGAAUAAGAAGCGCGGAGAAGGUGCAGCUAGACGUAGGGAUCCUAUGCUAGAUGAGAGACAACAGCCAUUCCAGGCGGUGGUAGUUACCGAUAUUUUUGAGACGCGAUUUGAACCGUUCACACUUGAGAAACCGAGGUGUCUUCUACCCAUCGCCAAUACCCUCUUGAUUGACUAUACCCUUGAAUUCCUGUCCAAUGCCGGAAUGGAGGAGAUAUUGCUCUACGCCGGUGCGCAUGCGGAUAUGCUAGAAACUUAUCUCAACGACUCGAAGUGGAAGUCAGACAUAUCGCCAUUUACAAAAGUCCGGCUUAUCAGGACGGCAGCAACUACAUUUGGAGAAGUCAUGCGCGAUCUACAUGAGAAGCAUCUAAUGAAUGGUGACUUUCUGCUAGUCAACGGUGACGUUAUUGGCAAUAUCCCACUUGAGCAGGCGUUGAUCGAGCACCGAGCUCGACGAGAAACAAACCGAAACGCCAUCAUGACUAUGAUACUUAGAGAAGUCGGAGAGUCGAAUCGAGUUCGCAAGAGUGCCGAUGCGCCGUUGUUUGUCAUUGAUCCGACCAAGGAUCGAUGUCUGCAUUACGAAGAGCUUCCGUACCAUUCACAUGACGGGUACGAUCUACCGUCGAAUCUCGAGAUAGAUCCGGAACUCCUUGACGCACAUGCCGAGAUUGAUGUUCGAAAUGAUCUGUACGAUUGCCGCAUCGAUAUAUGUACGCCCGAAGUCCUUGGUCUGUGGGCGGAUAGUUUCGACUACCAGUCUCCACGUACCCAUUUUCUUCACGGCGUACUGAAGGAUUACGAGCUUAAUGGAAUGACAAUACACACUCACAUCUUGAAGGACCACUAUGCCACCAGAGUUCAAAAUCUGCACGCGUACGACCUCGUCAGUCAGGAUGUUAUAUCACGAUGGACCUUUCCAUUAUGUCCAGACACAAACCUAUUCCCUGGAUAUACAUACACAUUUAAGCGGAAUUUUGUCUACCAGGAACAGGGUGUUGUGCUGGCUAGAUCUGCAACCAUCCACAGCCGAACCGUCAUCGGAAAGGAUACAACUAUCGCAGAAGGCGCCGUUAUCACCAACAGCGUCAUCGGCCGAAGGUGCAAGAUUGGCAAAAAUGUUGUCCUUGACGGUGCGUAUAUCUGGGAUGAUGUGGUUGUGGGUGAAGCAACUGAGAUACGGCAUGCUAUUGUAGCCAACGGUUCAGUCAUUGGAGAUAAAUGCCGGAUUGAGCCAGGUGCUUUGCUGUCCUAUGGCGUCAAGAUCUCGAGUGGAACAUCUAUACCUGAGAGCAUGAGCAUUACCACAUUCCAGAGAGACCCAGAGCAGAAGAUCCCGAAUGAUGAGAAGCUUGUUGGUAAAGACGGUGAAGGGUUUGAGUUUGUGUCGGAAGAGGAUGAGGAUGAAGAAGAAGUCGAUUUCAUCCCUGGUUUAAUGUACAAUAUGGCUGAACUUUCGCUUUCGGAUGCAUCUAUAUCGACUCUCACGUCAGAAAAGACCGAGGACGGUGACUUUGCCUUCCGCUCAAGAUCUGACAGUGUCAGCACAACGACAUCUGACGACGAAGGACGGGACCAGUUCCACCACGAUGCCGUCUCUAGUGUCUUCGACGGCCUUAAGGAAGGUCUUAGCGCUGAGGUGGUGCAGCUCGAGCUGGUUGGUCUACGCAUGAGCGCCAACGCAUCUGAGCACCAAGUCCGUCGUGCCGUGGUCAUGGCGUUUAUGAAGUAUAUUCAGCACGUCACAGAAGCAGGCACUGUCGGCCUAGCUGAUUCUGUCCGAGAACUAUUCAAAAAGUACAAGGACACGGUUAUGCGAAUCGUAUUCGAUCACGACUCCGACGACAAACCUGACCAGGUAGACUUGUUGCUGCUUUUCCAGAAGGAUCUCACGGAGCGGAAUAAGGGAGGUAACAUCUUGCUUUUCACGGCGAAGGAGCUUUAUGACCUGGAGAUAGUGGAUUCAGAGGCCUUCUCGCAGUGGUGGGAAGACGAGCGGUCAACUGCCACGCCUGCUAUGGAGAGCGUCCGGACACAGACGAAGCCGUUCAUAGACUGGCUUGAAGCUGACUCCGAAAGUGGUGAAGACGAUGACGACGACGAGGACGACGAUGAAGAUGAUGACGACGAAGAUGAUGAAGAGGAAAGCGACUCUUGA